CUCUCGAGACGUGUGCUCGCUCUCCAUCCCGCGUGCUAACUUUGGGAACUCAUGCGCUCGUGCAGAACAUGAACAUUUCCCAAUGACAGUUAACUUAGGUUAUAAUAACUUUAUAUUACGAUAACACUAUCCAAUAGUUUCACGAAUGCCGUUUGACCCAAAUAUUUUUUAAAUAUUGAGAGGUCGCCACUGAUCACUGUAUAGUCGCCUGUCAUCUGGUUUGCUUUAGAGACCGGCGUCGGGUUUUGAAUUAUUAUUUUUGUAUUAAAAAAGGAUUUAACGGUCAAAUCAUGUCAGAGGAGCUCGAGCGUAUCCUGGCACAGCUGACACAGCCCGAUAACGCUGUUAUUCAGCAGGCGACAGCUCAGUUGAAACAGGCAUUUAAAGAUCCAGCCAUCAUUCCUGCUUUAUGUGCAGUUAUGACGGGAGCGCAGGACCCACAGAUACGUCAGUCAGCCGCGGUGAUGCUGAGGACGAGGGUGAGAAAACACUGGAAGAAGAUCAGUCCAGAUCACAGAGAGAGUCUAAAGGCAGUGGUGCUACAAGCUUUUCAACAAGAAACAGAGCACGCAGUUCGUCAGUCACUUUCUCAGUUGAGCGCAGUGCUAGUAAAACACGAGACUCCGGACCGCUGGCCUGCUCUCCUCACCCUAAUAAACCAGUCCACCAAAAGCAACAACCCACAAGACAGACAGGUGGGUUUGUUACUGCUCAGCAAGGUGAUAGGAUCAAACCCAGAACCCUUUAAGCCCCACUACAAGCAGCUUCUCCAGUUAUUUGGGACUGUUCUUCAAGACUUGAACAACCCUAUAGCUCUCUACUACUGCAUUCUCACUCUCACAUCUAUCACGGCCUACACCGGCACAGAGGAGAUGAACUUAAUGCGAUCCCUGAUCCCCAAACUGCUCGUUGCUCUUAAGCACCUCAUUCAGGUGGACCAGGAUCAGGCCAGCGAAGCCAUGGAGGUUUUUGAUGAGCUGAUGGAAAGCGAGGUGUCCAUUGUUGUCCCUCACAUCACUGUGAUUGUGCAGUUUUGCCUGGAGAUCAGUGCAGAUGUCUCUCUGAGUAGUUCUCUGCGUGUUAAAGCUCUCUCAUGCAUUGCUGUUCUCAUCAGACUUAAAAACAAGACUGUAUUAAAGCACAAGCUUUUACAGCCGAUCCUGCAGGUAGUGUUUCCCAUACUGAGCGCGGCGCCCCCUCCUGGAGAGGAAGACCCGGAGGAUGAGGAGGGUGAUACGGAGGGUGACAAUGAGAAUCCCAAACACUUUGCUGUUCAGGUGAUUGACACCAUGGCUCUUCACAUGCCCCCCGAAAAACUCUUCCACCAACUGUUACCUCAUACAAAGGCCUGUCUGGCCAGUGAGAACCCAUAUGAGCGUAAGGGGGGUCUCAUGUGUCUGGCUGUGUUGGCUGAGGGCUGUGCAGAUCACAUCCGCACAAAGAUGUUGUCAUCAAUGCUUGAAACAGUGUGUCGCAGUUUAUCAGACAGUAACCAGGUGGUCCGAAGCGCAGCACUCUUUGCCCUCGGGCAGUUUUCAGAACACCUUCAGCCGGAUGUGAGUAAAUUCCACACUGAGCUGAUGCCAUUGUUGCUUGGAUACUUGUCUGCAGUGAAUCAGACCACAGUCGGACACAUGACCAAAGCCUUCUAUGCCCUGGAGAACUUUCUAGAGAGCUUAGGUCAAGAUAUCGAGCCCUAUCUGCCCACUUUAAUGGAAACCAUGUUGUCUGCACUUAACAACGCAGAAAACCUCAAACUCAAAGAGCUGGCUGUCAGUGCCAUAGGAGCGAUAGCAAAUGCAGCCAAAGAGAUGCUAGUGCCUUACUUUCCUCCAGUGAUCGACAGUCUGAAGGGCUUCCUGACGGACACGCGAGAGGAGAUGAGAGCUCUGCAGACACAGGCUCUGGACACACUCUCUGUGUUGGCCCGCACUGUUGGUCAGGAGGUCUUCAGUCCACUGGCGACUGAAUGCGUGCAGUUAGGUUUGAAUCUCACUGAUGCCAUGGAUGAUCCUGACCUGCGCCGCUGCACGUAUAGUUUAUUUUCUGCCGUCUCUGAAGUGAGUCCUGAUUGUCUAAGCCCUCACCUGACAUCCAUCACCACACUGAUGCAACUGUCACUCAAAUCUACAGAGGGUGUGACGGCUCACUUAGAUGAAGACAAACAGUUUGUGCUUCUGGAUGAUGAAGAUGAUGACGCUGGUGAAGAGGGUGAUGCUGUUUUAGAUGAAGAUGGUGAGAAUGAGGUUGACGACAGGGAUAUAGCAGGAUUCAGUGUGGAAAAUGCUUACAUCGAUGAGAAGGAAGAUGCCUGUGAGGCUUUGGGUGAAAUUGCAUUUAACACUGGAGUGGCGUUCCAGCCCUUCCUAGAAUCGAGCUUCCAGCAGGUUUAUGAGCUCCGUGAUUUCCCUCAUGAGGAUGUGAGGAGGGCUGCCUUUGGUGCAUUAGGUCAGUUCUGCCGAGCUCAGCACAAAGUAUGGAAAGAAACCCCAACUGAGGCCAACCACCAGGCUCUGCAUAAGCUGCUGGAGGUGGUUGUGCCCUGUUUUCUGAAGGCAGUAAGGCAGGAGAGGGAGAGGCAGGUGGUCAUGGCUGUUCUGGAGUCUAUGAACGCCUUGAUUAAGUCGUGCCAGGGGGAGGCGCUGCAGGUUCCAGGCAGGCUGGCUGAGAUCAGUAAUGCCAUCAGAGAUGUACUAAAGAAAAAGACCGUGUGUCAGGAUGUAGGUGGAGAUGAAGCAGACGAUGACGACCAGCAGGCGGAGUAUGAUGCCAUGUUGCAGGAGUUUGCUGGGGAAGGGAUUCCCGUUUUAGCAUCAGCAGUAGCUGCCGAGACGUUCUAUCCUCACCUCAAUGACCUGCUGCCUCUCAUCAUGAGCAAAGCCAAAUCAUCUUGCACUGAGGCAGACCGCUCCUUUUCCAUCGGUACAAUCGGCGAGACCCUGCACGCAUUGGUGGGUGUGGCUGGAGGCAGGGCGGUGGCCGGGCGGCUGUCCAAUCGGCUGCUGCCAGUGCUUGUGGCCGGAGUGAAGGACAGCGAUCCAGAGGUGCGCAAUAACAGUGUGUUUGCACUGGGAGCUCUCGCACAGGCGGCUGGACCAAUCGUCGCCAAUGACUACCCCAUGAUGCUGUCUCUCUUCUCCAACCUACUCUCUAAAGAAUCAGACCUGAGAGUGAUUGACAACCUGUGUGCUGCUCUCUGCAGGAUGAUCUUGAGCCAUGUGGAGGGGGUCCCACUCGAACAGGUGUUUCCUGCACUGGUGGCUCGUCUCCCUCUAAAGGAGGACAUGGAGGAGAACAAGACCAUUUACAACUGUCUGGCCUUCCUCUACUCACAACACCCUACCCUGGUUGUUAGUCAGCUCAAGCCAAUAGUGUCUGCUGCCUGUCAUCUAUUGGGCACAAAGGACAUUGAUAAAGAAACACAAAACGCUAUGCUGGUGCUGCUCAGAGGCGUAGCUCUGCAACACUCACAGGAAUUUCAGAGUGCUGUGAUGUCACUUCCUGAUGAACAGAGAAACAAGAUGACCAUGGCUGUCAGUCAAUCGUAGCACCACCCCCAACCCCCCCCCCCCGGUUCUGAGUGCCCCAAGAGGCCUUCCACUCUUGUGAAGCCUGCCAGAUUGAUAGUAGGAUUUUUUAUUAUAAUACAAAUGGCCAAAUUCCAUUAGCUGAGCGUAAACUUAUAUGGAUAAAAUACCGUACUGCAGCAAAGACAUUGAGACAUUGAGAUUUUUUUCUUAAUUUAUUGCCCAAUUCACUUUUUGUCAGUUUUACUUUUGUUUUACUAAUCUAUGUCGAGGAAUGAGUUGUCUUUUCUGUUUUUGUUUGCUGUGUCAGUUAUGUGUAUGUCUCAAUGAAUUUUCUGCUUUGGCAACCACUGCUCAUAUUCCAUGAAAUUCCGGCUUGAUAUUCGAGUUUGAAGCGUGAAAUAAAUAUAUUUCUAUGAACUGUU